AAGAAAAAUUAUAUGUUUAGAAAUUGUAGUUGAAUUAUAUUCGCCUAGUAAGCAAAAAUGCAUACAUCCUAUUUUGGGCUUAAAAUAAAUGCAUCAAAAUUAUUGUUAAUUUAUAUUCACUUGCUAGACAUUCUCAUACAUCUCAAUGUACUUUAAAUACCACAAAUGCAUCCAAAUAGCGUGUGACUAUCACACUACACUCACACCAAAAAAAUUAACACGCCGUUAUAUUAUGGUAAGUUAAGCCUGAAAUUAAACUGACUGUAAAUUUCCGUGUCAAAAUAAAGAGACUGCCAUUUUAACUUAUAUUUUAGACCAAUAAGAAGCCAGCUAGCCAACAGCCAAUCAAAAUCUGCCUAUAUCGCUUUUCCAAUGAAAGACGAUAAAACCUGAGGCGCGGAAAAUUUAACACGUCAUAGCGUAUAUCCUCACCCCACACAUUUCUUCAAUCCCCUUUUCAUCUUCUCCCUUCUCCGGUUGACUGUUGAUAUUGUAUAUAACUCUUGGAGUUUGGUGUUACAAAUGCCUAGAGACCACGAGAAACGCGCCCGCUCAAGGUCACGUGACCGACACAGAGAUCGCGGUGACAUAUAUGCGCGUUCACGGAGACAUGGAGAUCGCAGAGAUCGCGACUACGGUCAUGACUACGAUGAAAGAGACGUGGACAAAGACAGGCAUCGACAUGAUAGAGAGAAGAGAGAUCGCGAUAGCCGAAGGAGACAAGAACGCAACCAUAGUGAAGAAAGGUGGAAACGGCGUUCACGUUCUCGUAGUCCUGUAAAUAAGACUGAGAAAGAGGUACUGGAGCAUGUGGAAGAAACACCAGUAGAACCUGAAACAGAGGAAGAAGCUGAGAUGUUGCGCACGAUGGGGUUCUGCAGUUUCGGUACAACUAAAGGGAAGCAUGUGAUUGGGAACAGUAUUUAUGUGGCCAAUAUAGCAAAACAGCGGAAGUACCGUCAAUAUAUGAACCGGCGGGGAGGUUUUAAUCGACCUCUUGACCCUGUUGCCUAAAUAUUGUGUUGUGUGUAUUACUGUUUGCGUCUCAAGACGCUAGUUAAAACAAAAAGUUGUCAACAAAAGAUUUGUAUAUAAUAAAAUUCUAACAUAUUUUGUAAACCAGCCAGGUGAGCGCUUAUGGCGAAUUGUCAUCUGAUGUGAUGGCAACUAGUGUUGUCCGUCAAGGAUGCCCGC